AUGCUGUCAGAGGAGGAGAAGCCGGUCUACAGUAGCGAACACCGCGUCUAUGCCUGUUCCAUCUGCGGAAAAGUCUACUCUUACCUCGAGUCUUUCAGGAAUCACCAGAAGAUGCACACGGCACCUGAGAGCGAAACGGAUGUCAGCUGCGAGGUGUGUGGGAAGACGUUUGCCCGACAAGCAAGUCUAGCGAUCCAUAUGAGAUCGCACAGACUACCCGUUAGCCCAGAGAAACUGCCAGAUGAGUGCACUAGCCUUUACUGUGAGCAAUGCAACAAGUCAUUUAACUCCUCUCUAACCUAUGCCUCCCAUAUGGACAUUCAUAGGCAAAGGCCUUUCUGGUGCCUUUCAUGUGCUAAAGGGUUUGCUGACAUAGGGUCGCUGGAAAAACAUUUGAAAAGCCACAACAACAAAAAGUACAAGUGCGACCUCUGUCCCAAGUCUUUCCGGGUUCCAGCCGAACUUCGCUACCACUACAACGUCCACACGGGUGCCAAACCUUACAAGUGUGGUCUCUGUUCUAAGGACUUCUCUCAGCUAGGUAACCUAAUAACCCAUCGAAAAAAACACUUGGGCGUCUUCAAGUCUGGAGGAAAGGUGCCACUGGGCAAUAGGUCAAGACCAUAUGCAGGGAAGAGGAGAGUUACUCUAAUGAGAAAGCUGAUUGUUGGAGGGACAGGAACAGUAGAGAAAGCGGAGGAAUAUGUGGACGGCAUGAUCAAGGAAGAGAUGGAAAGUGGUGAAGAGGACGAUGACGUCACCAAUGCUGAAGGUGAUUCGCCCUCAAGCGAUUCCUCUGAAUCUUCAGAAAGUGACUCAGAUUCAUCCGGCUCCUCUGAUUCAUCUGAUUCAUCCGAUUCCUCUGACUCUUCAUUGGACUCGUCUGCCGCGGACAACGAGGUAGGGGGAGACGCCAACAAGGAAAAGGAAGAAGUGUCUGGAGGACAGGAUGCAGAUGGGGAGGAAGACUGGGAAUGUUUCGAAUGCGGCUCUCGUUUCAGUUUGGAGCCUGAGCUUCAUCGGCAUUAUAUGAAACAUGCCAGUGGGGAGCUGUGA